AUGGAAAUUGAGUUACGGAGACAAGCUUUAGCUUGUGUUGAGAAGAAUAUAACGGAGGUACAAGUGGUUAUUGUUGUUCUUACCCGUGAACUUGCCUUCAAGAUAGCACGACAAUUGAAUGAAGAUGCAGGAGAGAUAAGAUGUCUCCCGUGUGUCAACGAUCGACAAUUUGAAUUACAAUUGAACGAAAUGAGGAAACAACACUUUGCAAUCGUUGUUGGUACAUUAGGAAGGAUUGAUUUAUUCCUUUACCGGAAUGUAUUAAGUUAA